AUGCGACUUCUCCGGGCUCCUCCGUCGGCCUUUCUCGGCCUGCUUCUUGCGAGUCUCACAUCAGCCAGUCCAUUCCCCCGUGACAGCCUGCGCGAUGUGGGAUUUGGAUAUCUCAUGGACCGCUCGUGUGCCUCCUAUUGCGGCGUUGAUGAUCAGUUUUGCUGCUCCUCCGACCAAGUAUGUGUUACAGCCAACAAUGUAGCAGCUUGCACCGCAGGUAGCGGUAGCGGUUACGAGGGCUAUACAACAACUUGGACGGAAACGCGCACAUAUACGAGCACCUGGAGCUCAUACGUCGCAGGAGCAACAACGCCUGCAUCCAGUGGGUCCGACGGUGAGGAUUGCGUGCCGCCUUCUGGAUCCGGUCAAAUUGCCUGCGGAACCAUUUGUUGCGCGAGCUGGCAAUAUUGUGCUUACCAGGGCCAAUGCUCAGCCAAUUCCAACGCUGGAACCUGGACAACCGGAACGACGGUGGCGACCGUUGGUGUCGUGACAACGGCUUUCUCUGCACCCUACAGAGUUACAGGAACUGGCACUGUAACAACAGCGACGACAACAGGUACAGCCGCGAGCAUCACUGCAACUAGCACUGGCGGAGCUGCCGUGGGAACCACGACAAGCAGCUCUCUGAGCGGAGGAGCCAUUGCCGGCAUCGUGGUGGGAACCAUUGCUGGUGUGAUCUUGCUGCUACUACUGUGCAUUUGCUGCAUUAUUCGUGGCUUAUGGGCCACAGUUCUCGCUAUUUUCGGUAUCGGUGGUAAGGAUAAGCACAAGACUGAGCGUACCGAGAUCAUCGAAGAGCGGUACUCACGCCAUGGAAGCGCUCAUGGGGCAGCAGCAGCCGCUCGACCGGCGCACCGUACCUGGUUCGGAGGCGGCGGUGGUGGUCGACCGUCGACCGCUGCUUCUAGGAAUGAGAAGAAGAGCGGAGCAGGCUGGCUGGCCGCUGCCGGUGGAGCAGCCUUAUUGCUCCUGGGACUCAGAAGGGGUGACAAGAAGAAGGAGGGCAGCCAAAAGCCUCCUAGGAGUGACUGGAGCAGCUCAUACUACACGGACUCCUUCACCGCGAGCAGUCCUACGCAAGCUCAGAUAGGAGGACACGAGAGACACGACGAUCUAGACAUUCUCAGGGAACGAGGGCAUCAAGAAGAACCUCGCAUACCAGACAUACGAGAAGAUCCUGAUCCCGUCUACAUAUAA